AUGACAUUCAGUGCAGUCCAGUCUGUGAGAAUGGUGACAGCCAACAUUUUACUGAGUCUCUUCUUCCUUUCAGGGGCUAACACUGAGUGUCUGACUCACCUGCUCCUAACAACCCCUCAUGAGAUGGAAGCACUAAAUGGAUCCUGUCUUCAUAUCCCAUGUAACUUCAGUGCUAACAGCAACGUUCAAGACACAUUUGAUGGCUCAAGAGAAUCCUUCGGAGUGUGGAUUAAUGACACUGUUGACUUUGCCAACAAUCCAGACAAAGUGAUUUUCAACAGUAGCAAGGCAGAAAUCAGCGACCUAAUGAAAAUCACCGGAGACCUGAGUCAGAGAAACUGCACAACCUUAUUUCACAGUUUAAACACAAGUUCCACGGGCAAAUACUUCUUCAGAGUUGAGAACAGACGAUUUCUGGCAACAGCUGCCUGUGAUCCUCUAGAAAUAACAGUCAAAGAUUCUCCUCCAAGCCCCAGAAUUAACAUUUCAAACCUAGAUGAUCUGAAGGAGGCGGAGUCUGUCACUGUAACCUGCUCAGCUUCAGCUCCCUGUCCACACUCCCCUCCUAAACUCACCUGGACUCUCCAACAAAACCCUCCCAACACAAUGGAGGAAAACCCAGAUCGGACCUUCAUGACUAAGAUCCAGAAGAGCCUCACUCUGACAGACCAACAUGAUGGAUUCAACAUCACCUGCUCUGCCAGCUAUCCUGUGAAUCAAGGGAAAGAUGUGAAGACAGCAGAGGAGACAAAGACUCUCCAUGUUUCAUAUGCUCCUAAGGACACCUCCGCCUCCGUCAGUCCGCCCUCAGGUUUGGUGUCAGCGGGCGGCUGGGUGGAGCUGAGCUGCUCCAGCAGAGCCCAGCCUCCCGUCAGCAGCUUCACCUGGUUCAAGGAGAGCCAAGAUGGAGACAUGAACGUCUCACAGGGAGAGAUUUACAGCUUUAAUGCCACAGAGAGAGGAGGUUAUUACUGUGUGGCCAUAAAUGAGCUUGGUAAUGGAAAGUCAACAACGAUCCUGCUGACUAUGAUAGUCAACUUUGAACAGUGGGGGGUGGUUAUUGGAGGAACCGUUGGGAUCGUGGUACUCAUCUGCCUGGUUCUCUGUGGUUGGCGUUUAAUGUCAACACAUCCGACGGCAGAACAGAGUCAGAGUCAAACAGGUGAAGAGCUGACUGUUGAAGAGCUGGCGAGUAAAACAGAAAUCCACUACGGAGAGAUCGACUUCUCCAAGCAGAGGAAUCAAAGUCCCCCUGUCUCAGAGCAGGACGGUGGACAGACGGAGGACACGCUGUACGCUCAGGUCAAAGUGUCAGAGACAGCAAACAGACCAAAGGACCUCUACGCUCAAGUGAAGAAGACAUCUGAGACGCAUUAACACACUUACUUACAUUGUUUACAUAUAAGGUGUUGUCUUUAUGUUGAACAAGACACCUCAACAGGAAGGGUAUUUAUUACCAACCGGUUAAAAAAAGGGGAGCUUAAAACCUCCCCCCUCUGCAGCUCAGAUACUUUUGUAAAUCAUUGUAAUUUAUAUGUGAAAACUGACCUUAUAUGGCUGUUUGUGUUUAUCUGCAUGUCAGAUCAAGUCUUCAUGGGGAACUAUGCUAAAAGACAUGAGAAUUUAUUAUAGGGAACUUGACUGUACAUAAAAUAUUGUAUUCGAUUUCAUUUUGUGAUAUAUUACAUGUUUACAUUUUAUUCAGUUAUCUACAAUAAGGUACAAGAGACAGUUUAUGCAUUUGAAGAUAUUUAUUUGUUUCACUGUAAUAAAAACCGUGGCAUACAACUUCUAAAAAUAACCUAAUAAUCUCAGUUGCAUUUAUUGGUCCAACAUUUCACAUUUUGUGUGUAAACAUCACCUGAAAUCAUACAUUUUAAUCACAGACAUUACAAAAGUGUCAAGAUGAAUUAUGCAUAGUAAAUCCUGCUGUAAUGUUUCAAAAUAAAAGACCAUUUGUUGAGACUU